UCAGUCUGUCACACGGACCACACGCACCAAGUCAGCGGACCGUCAAUAUUUAAGCUCCAUCCUCUCCAAAAUAAUAUAUUUACCAUCAACAAAAAAAAUCAUCCAUUAGUAGGAGUAAAAAAGCGUCACCACCUGCGCUGUCUUUCAUCAUCUCCAGAGUUGUGCUGGGGAAGCAGAGUAGAUUUAAUUGGACCGCCACAAUGGAAAGUUUUCGAUUUUUUUAGAGGAGAGAGAGAGAGAGAGAGAGAGAGAGAGAGAGAGAGAGAGGAGACAUUACCGGUUUAUCUCAGCUGAUAAAUCGACCGGUGGAUAAAUUGAGGGAGCGCACUGAACAGAAUAAAAGAAUUUGGAGAACAUGAAAAGUUGCGGAGUCCAUCAACACCAGCUCGUCUUGCUGUUGGCAGCUGCCAUGGCAACGGCUCUGGAUCCUUCUCACAACCUGGCCAGUGAGAGGAGCUCGAUAGAGAGCACGUAUGAGCUCACCAAAUACCUGGAGUAUCAGCUGAAGGAAAUCAAGGACAUUUAUCUGACCUACCUCGGCCCGCCAUUCAACGAGAAAGACUUCUCUCCUCCACGUCCCAACAGCACAGCUCUGUCCCUGCCAAGUGCAGCUACCCGCCUUGAGCUGUGGCACGGACUUGAAAACCAGGCCCGGCUCGCACAGAACCAGAAGGCCUACUCUGUUCUGCUGGCUGCUGUCAGAGAACUGGCCCGUUCUACCCUCUGCCCCUCCCUCAAGACCUCCCUGCUGCACUUCUGCACAGGCCUGGAUGGGCUGCUGGGCUCAAUAUCUGCACUGAUGACCACCCUUGGUUACUCGCUCCCCCCAUCAUCAGUGAACAUCAGAAGUAACGUUGGACAGCUGCAGUACAGUCACAGGGGGACAGGGGGUGUCCCACCAGCUCCACUUAUGAGCCAGAGCCUUUACAGUUCCAGAGCAGGGACGAGGACUGAGUCCGGUCAGCGAAACAACCAGAGAAGAAGUGGGAAAAGGGUGGUCAGGGGUGAGAGGGAGGAAGGAGUGGACCUGAUGGAAAAAAGGAGAGGGAAAGAGGGGAGGAGAGCAACAGCAGGAGGAAGGAAUGGCGGAUUGAGGGAGAAGGGAAAAGGAGAAAAAGGGAGCAGAGUGAGGAGGGAGGCGCCUGAGAAAGGGAAAUGGCCUGAAGAGAGAGUCGGUGAGGAAGAAGAGGAAGACCUGGAGCACGAGGGAGCGGUGGAGGUGGAGAGAUCGGGUAUGAGAAGAAGGUUGUUGAGUAUCAGUGAGGAUGAGCAGGAGAAGGAACGGCUGACUGAACAAGGGGAAGAGGUCUUUAUUAAAGGUAAAGAGGGCCCCACUUUCCUUCGACAGCCACCCAUCCAAACAAACAACAACAAUAACAAUCAGUACAGCUAUAAGUUGAACUCACUCCAUCUUGACACGAUCAGAGAAGAAGACAGAUUUAUUGUGGAAAAAAGCAGAGAAUUAACAAUGGACGAAGAACGGCAAACAGUAAUGGAAGCUAUCUCCUCCUUGUCAUCAUUCCAUCAUCAGCGUCGGCCUCCCCGUUCCCUCCUCUCCCCCACCCUUCAUCCUCCUCUAUCCACCCUAUCUCUCCUCUACCAGUUCGGAGCGGGUGAGGAGCACACGCUCCUCUCCCAACCCGUCCCUCUAUCUCUACAAAGGGGCACCUCCCUCCUUUCGCCUCCUCUGACUCCACUCCUAUCUUCCUCGUCCACCUCCUCCUCGUCUUCACUGCUGUCGGUGCGGCCAACAAUGAACGACUUUGCAAGAAAGGUGGAAGGAUUUUGGAUUUUGCGAGAGCUGCAAAGUUGGCUGUGGCGGUCGGCGAAAGACUUUAACCGCCUCAAGAAGAGACUUCGAGGCUGACAGACAACAAGCAGACUUGUUGAGACAGAAUAUUGAAAACGUAGCAGAAACACACAAUUUACCUUAUUCUGAGAGAAACCAUCAACUCUGAUGCAAUGCUAGGGGUCACAAGCUCAAAUAUUGUAAAAUUGUCAAACUUUUGUGUUUCAGUGUGUAAGUCACAUUAUGUUAAUUGCAAUUGACAAAUCUUUAUUAUUAAACAGCUUUUCUAUUGAACAGCAAGCAAAUCUAUGCCAAAGUUUCAGAGCAAAAUCUGAUCAUAUUUAAAGUGAAUACAGCAAAACCCAUUCGCUAUAGUCGGACAACUUUUAAGUUAGCACAUCCUUACAAAGUCAUUUGACAGGAAAUGGGUGCUACUCCAUUGUUAGUGUAACUCCAUGCAAAGUAAAAUACAUUUCUAGCUUACCAUAUGUUGCCUGGAAAUGUAUUUUCGAGCUUAUGUUAUGUUAGCUAGAAAUGUAUUUCCUAGCUUACUUAAUGCUGUAAAGGGAUAAGGAAUUGUUGCUAGAGUUAGAAUU